AUGUACAGAUUUAAACUCUGUCUAAGUUAUUCACGUUUAGAUUAAUCGCUUUCGGCUUUUUUGAAAAAGUACAAAACGAAUUAAAAGAAUGUGAUUCAAGUGGACAAUAAAUUAUUAGAAGUUGACAAAAGCUCAUUAAAUUAACCUAAGCCAAUUCAACCAUAAUUAACAAUCCCUUAGAAUGAUCAAUUAAAAUAAAAGUAUCUAUUACAAAAAGUGAAAGUAAUUGAUCUCAACGAGAAGGACAAUUACAGUCAUUUUAAUAGAGCAUAAUAAUUGGCAUUAGAUAAAUAAGUAAAAUAAUUGGGAGAAGAUUAUAAAGUAGAAGCAGAAGUAUUAUAAUUACAAAGCAAGGGAGAAUUGUGUAUUGAUUCUUAUUAUUAUUAAAAGUGAUUGAUGACACAAAAUUGCCAAAAUAAUUCUUGGCAACUCUUGAUAAAUAAAGAAAAUAAGGUAAGAGAAUGCUGAGAAGAUUUUUUGUGAAUGGAGAACAUCGUUAUGUGAAGGAAAAUAUCUAUAAAUUUAGAAAUGUGGCUGAAUGGAAGAAAUAUAUGAGAUUUAAGAAGCCAAUGUUAAUUGAUUUAAAAAUGGAAUAAUUUAAGAGAUAUCCAGGUACAGAUUAAGGCAAAUAUCCUAUUUAAGAUAAACCAGGAUUUACAAGUAAAAAUAUAAUAUCAAAUUUAUAGAGUGGUUUAGAGAAAAUCAUACUUAGAAAACAGUCAGAGCAAUUGAAUAUUUAGUAAGAAAAGGUUAUGGUAAAUUACCUGAAGCAUUUACUAAUAAAAGAGGUCAUAAAUCAAAGUCAAAAAGAGUUUUAGCUAAAAUUGAAUUAGAAGAGAGAUUAGAAAGAUUAAAGUAAGAAGUACAUGAAGAGUCAAAUUGGGAAACUGUAGCACCAGGACCAGCACUUUUUGUUUAAGAAACAAUGAUGGAAUAAUUAUUAAAAAGGAAUCCAAUAAAAGAUUUGGGUUUGAAUACUCAUAUCAAAAUUCAAACUCAUAUACCUGAAGGAGAAGUUUAACCUUUACCUGAAAAGUUUCCAUUGGAAAAGACUGAAUUAAUAUAUUAUUUGGAAAGAUGGUCAUUCUUCAGAUCUUUUGGAGCAUAUGAAUUAUUAAAAGAUUGUGUAACAGGUAAAGUGUAACAAAAGGAUAGUGUACCUGUUAAAUCAGGAUCCUUAAAUACAUAUUAUUAAACUUUACCUAAACAUAUUAGAGACAAUCCAAAUGUUAAGAAUGUAUAUAGAGGAUUGGAAUUUGCUAAUAAUUAAAUGAGUUUGGCUGAAAAAGAAAACUCUUUGAAUUAUGCUGCAAGAUUAUCUUGUUAAUUUGAUGAAUUAAAUCAAGAAGUUUAUGAUUAAGGAUCAUCUGGAUAUAGACCUAUGGUAUCAAGAUUUGAUGAAGAAAGAUUGAUGCAAGAUUAAGAAAAUGAACAUGUCGAUACUGCUAUUGUAUAUUUAAUUGUUAAUUAUUUAUUUAGAAUCCUGAUGUUGUCUUCAAGUAUUUAGAACAAAGAGCACACACUCCAAGACAUGUUGCUAAGGAUGAUGUUCCUUUACCUGAUUGGGCAGUAGAUAAAUAAGAGAGAGUAGAUGAUAUACCAGUUGAUUACUAUAUAAAUGAUGAUGGAUUUUGGGAUGAUUACAUUAAAGCUAAAGAAGAAAAACACUUAAAAGAUAGUCCAAUAAAUGGAGGAAAGAAGUAUUUUAAACAUAUUUGAAAGAGUAUUUUUAUAAUAAUAAUAACAUUAUCUUAUGUUUCUGUGGCCUGAAGGUUAUAAUCGUCAACCAUAAAAUCCAUUAAAAUAACUGAUAGACAAGACCUAAGGGGAUAUUUUGCUACUGUUAGAUGAAGAUUUAUUUAUCAAACAAGCAAAGUUGGGAGACACAUUAGCUGUUGAAACUCUGGUUAAAGGUACUGAGGGUUUGUUAGAAGUUAUGUUUAUGGACUAUAAGUAUGUUUUAAGUGAGCAUUUUGAAUAACUAACUAACUAGUAUGCUAUAAUGUGGGAAUUACUUGAGCUUAAACUUGAUAAGGUUAAUGCUCAAAUUUUGGUAAUUCUAUUUUAUUUAUACUUAGACUCAUUGGGAAUUGGUGUUCUAAUUGUUAAAAAAUGAACUAACAGUUGAAAUACAAUGGUAUUUUGCAUUACGCAUAAUCUCAUUCAUUAGUUAAGAAAAGUCUACUCUCUUAGAUAGUCAAUAAGAUAAGUUAAUUUAAUUAUAUCAUCAUCUUGAAUAUACAUAUGUAGCCUAACUUAUUACAGAGAUGAUGGGUAGUCGCAGAAACUAAUACUAAGAAUCAUUUCUUAGUAAAGGCAUUUAAGAAUUUGAUUAAUUAACAGAAUUGCAAGCAAUAAACUUUACAUAAGUCAUACAUGAACUCUUUACAAAGAUAAAAAAAUAAGACUUGAUAGAAUUCAUAAUAACCAGUUAAAUUUUAACUAAAAUGUUUGAAGUUAUUUAAUUAAAUAAUAUAAUGUAAGAUUCGUUUACUAUAUAUUAUUAGAGUUGCCAAAAAUGCUGCUCACAUUAUUUCUAUUAUCUCUAAUUAUUAUUCCAAUGAAUUGCAAAAUUUAGAUUUAGAGGAAGAGGAGUCAGAGUAAACUACUACAUAAUUUCAUUCUACUUAAUUUUAUUAAGUAAUCAAAUCAAAUUUACACAUUAUCAAUAAUAUAAUAAAAGAUCAUUGUGAUCACAAUUAAAAAAUUACUCAAUUAAUUAUCAAAUUAAUCGAAGUAAAAUUUAAAAUCUAUUCAUUAGAUUAUAGAUAAUUUAGUUAGAAUCACAGAUGUUUCUCUAUGGGAAUCUAUGCAUUAAGCUUAAAUUUUAGUAUCAAUUAUAAGAUUGUGCAAUAUUUAUUCAAAAUCUGAUAUUCUUUCUUCUUAAGUUGAAAGAAUUGUAUUUUAUAUUUUUGAAAGAGCCUUAAAUGAUUAUCAUCCCUUUUGGGCAUUUUAAUUUAUAAAGGUCUAUAAAAUAUAAGACAACAUUAAUUCUAUGUUUAAUAGAUAAGUUUUCUCAUUUGAAUAGGAAUUAAAUACAAAAAUCACAAAAGAAUUGGAUUAUAUUACAUAUGAUACAUAAAUUUUAGAAAUUAAUUAAGAGUUGCAAUAAUCUAAAAUUUGGGAAAGAACUAAAUGGGAAUUAAGAUUAUAAUAAUGUGAGAAUUAAAAAAAAUUAGGAUCUUAAAUGUAAAUUAAUUAAGAAGAAAUAAAAUUGAUUGAAAUAAAUAACAUUAAUAUUGAAAAUGUUAUUUAGGAUACUAAUGAAGAAAAAAAGGUAGAAGAUGAGAAGAAAGAUGAAGUAGAGUAAAAAGGGGAAAUAUAUAAUAUUCAGGUAUAAUAAAUUGAGGAAGAAUAAAAAUCAAAUUUAAAUGAAAUAGAGGAAUUAAAAGAAAAUCAGAAUGAUAUUGAUUUAGUAAUUGAUAGUGAAUCAGAUUCAUCAUCUUCUUCAAAUGAUUCGAAUGAAGAGAAUUAAUAAAAGAAUAAUAAAUAAAAUGAAACUCCUAUUUUGAAUGUUUCGGCUAAUUUGGAAUAAUUGGCAUACAAAAAUAGAAAAAAUAAGUUAAAUUUAGAAUAAAUUGAGAAGCUUAGAAAGAAGUCAAUUUAAUUUGAAAAGAUUUCAUAAUAAAUGACUUAGGCUGGAAGAAGACUUUCAUUAUAGGCAGGUCUAAAUAUAAAAGAGCUUAGUCCAACUUAUUUAGAAUUUAAACUUGAUUUAGAGAAUAAGGUACUUCGUAACAUAAAUGACAAUUCAAUAUUAAAAGUAGAUGAAUUGGAUUCAAGCGUCAUUCAAUGA